AUCACCAAACGAGCGCGCUAGUUAGGGUUGACGUAGAAACUCUCGUGGAGCCAAUCAAACCCUAGUUGGGGUUUCUUCUCCCUAUUCAUCUCUGUGUGAGGUCUUUCUUCGCGGGAACCCUGGAGCCGUUUCGUUUUCCUCCGGCGACCGAGCCGCCUUACGGUCGACCUUACAGCGGCCUUGGAGCCAUGUACGGAUCGAGAGGGGCAAUGUUGGGAAGCGGGGGGGUUUCGGACGGGUACGAGGUUGGCUCAAAGAGACAAAGAAUGAUGGAAUCCAAUCCCUACUUCGCAGUGAGCAGCGGAACAGGUGGCUUUCAACCUUAUGGAUAUGCUGGUGCCUUUCAGCCCCCACCCUUUCCUGUCGUUCGUCUCAGGGGGCUUCCCUUCAACUGCACUGAUAUUGACAUUUUCAAGUUCUUUGCUGGACUGGACAUUGUGGAUGUAUUGCUGGUCAACAAGAGUGGAAGGUUUUCAGGGGAGGCUUUUGUUGUCUUUGCUGGAGCAGUGCAAGUUGAGUUUGCUUUACAGAGAGAUCGGCAGAACAUGGGUCGAAGAUAUGUGGAAGUUUUCAGGUGUAAGAGGCAAGAUUACUAUAAUGCAGUUGCUGCUGAGGUAAACUAUGAAGGAAUAUAUGACACCGACUAUCAUGGAAGCCCUCCUCCAUCUCGUUCCAAGAGGUUCAGUGAUAAGGACCAAAUGGAAUACACAGAGAUAUUAAAAAUGCGCGGACUUCCAUUCACUGUCUCAAAAUCUGAAAUUAUUGAUUUUUUUGGAGAUUAUAAGCUGGUUGAAGAUAAGAUACAUAUUGCAUGUCGCCCUGAUGGGAAAGCUACAGGAGAGGCAUAUGUGGAGUUUGUUUCCGCAGAAGAGGCUAAGAGAGCAAUGUGCAAGGAUAAAAUGACAAUUGGAUCAAGGUACGUGGAGCUGUUUCCAUCUACAGCAGAUGAAGCUAGACGGGCAGAGUCAAGGUCGAGGCAGUAAUCGAGAUGGGACCCAUUUGGCUGGCUUGAUGCUUAGGUUUUUAAUCUUUGGUAUACAUUUCGGUGCUACUGUAUGUGCCUCUAUUUGGAUUGUGUCUAGGAUAUUGGUCCUACUUAAUGGAUUUGUUUGAAUGUUGCAUUGUAUUUGUUCUUUAGAAA